AUGAGCGGAAUAAGUUGGACGAGGUGUAUAGGAGAAGACGAAAAAUGCUACGUGUCGGAGAGCGACUUCUGGGUCGAGAUAGUCGCCUUCGCGCGCUUUUUGCGCGGGCUCGAAAAAACGGAGAUCGUUUUUAUCAUUGGCGAAAGGUGAAAAGUUUGCGAGUCUGAAAGCGAUGGUUUACGGGAAACGAUCAAAACGCUUUCAAAAGCAUCAAGAAAACUUUGAUAUAAAAAGCUGAAUGGAUCGAGAAUGUACUUUACAUUUAAAAAUAAAAAAUUUUUUUUCCAAAAUUAUUGCUAAGGGGAAUUUUACAGCUGCCAAUCCUUCCUGGUCAAAUCUGUGACGUGACUAUGACUUUUGCUGUCAACGUGGCUCAGUUCUUCCUCCAGCAGCCGAAUGACCCGACUUUCUCCCAGCUCAACGAACUUCACACGCAGCUGAACAUUUUCUACCGCAAUUGGCCGAACUAUCCUAUUGUCACCGUGCCGAUGCAUGCGAACGGUUCGUUUUGAAUGUUUUCUUCAGCGAAAAAAAUAUAAUCAGUAUUCAGGUGAAAAAUCUCGAUUAUUUUUUUAAUCUUUGACUACAUAAAAAAAUUUUUUUAUCAUGUUUUUUUAACCUCAGGCAACAGAAAAAGCGAACUUUUUUUCGCCUGAAAAGGUUUCAUCAAAAAUGUGAAAAAAAUUUGAGAAUGUUUAAAAUUUACUAGGUUCACCCAUUUGAAGAAAAACAUUUCUCCACUGACGAGAUCAAUAUUUUUUUCGCAUGGCUAUCAUUUUUUUCCGAAUACUAGGUGUAAACUUUUUGAAAUAUUUCUCCAGCCAAUUUUAUUAAAAAAACUGGAAUAUCAAUAAACGAAAGUUCAACAACAAGUUUUUUUCAUCAUUCUCUUAUUUUUCGGUGAUUUAUCAAGAACCCUUUUCCAGAAACCCAGUAUUGCGCGGUUUACAUGGGAAACACUUUCGUGAGAGGCGCCACCGUCGGUUACAUUGUCGAGUCCGACGAGAUGAUGGUUCGUCUCAUUGAUCUCGGCGGCUACAUUUCUCAUCCGAGAUCUACUCUCAGGAAGCUUUGGUAAGCUUUCAGUUCUCUUUCUUGAAGUUUUUGAAUUUAAAAUGUAUUGAUUCCAGCGAAGAAGCUUUCCACUUGCCGGGACAGGCUAUUGCCUCUCAACUCGCUUACGUGAAGCCUCUGACAGGUUAAUGUUUCAUAUUUUUUUAUACUAUAUUUUAGUUUUCUGAUUUAGAUUGAGAGAUAGAAGAAUGUUAAAAUCUUCUAGUACAAUAACCACUAGCUUGAAAAGUUAUUAAGUAAGAGUUUCAAAAAGAUGAAAAAAAAACAAGAUUCAUGAAAGAAAAAAAUUUGGAAAAACCAAAAAGUUAUUUUCAGUGCACUUCGACCCGCGUGGAGAAGCCGUGAUCAAGGAACUCUGCAUCGGUAAAAGGAUCAAGGCUAGAUGUCUCGGAUACACUUUGGACAGCAGUCAGGCUUUGGUCGAACUCUACGUCACUUUUCCUGACCAAAAGGUAAUAACUUUGCGAUUCCAGAGUGGUCUCUAUAGGGGUUAGGGAAGAAGUAAUCCCUGGAGGGCUAAAUUUUAAGUGGUUCCUAUAGGGUUCAAGGGCCUGACCCCUUAGCCCCUGAAUCUCAAGUGGGCCCUAUAGAGGUCAUUCAUUUUCAUUCAAAAACCGUUUUUAUUCAGUUUUUCUCAUGGGAAUGCUUCUUCGCUUAGAGUUAAUAACAAUUAUCGCUAGCCUUUCCUUUAAAGGGGUCACUUUUGCAAGCUUUAGUGGGCCCUAUAGAGGUUGGUUAAGUGGUAGCUAGAGGAAAUCCUCGAAGGGCACCUAUAGAAACCACUCUGGAGCUCCUAAAAAGAAUAAUUUUCCAUAGAAAAAUGUAAAAUCAAACCAUCUGAAUCAUUUUCCAGAUUGAACGCCUUGACAUGUUCCUGCGCCAGAACAACUUUGCUGCUCCUUCCGAGAUGGUGGCCUAUUCUCCUACAGUUCCUGCUCUCUUCUUCCAGAACCGAGUUUGA